AGCCUCUGGCUGGCUAAGGCUAUGAUCCAAUCUGGCUUUCCUUUUCUCCACCGGGUAUUCUUCUAGAGAGAGAAAGGGGAGCAUUUCUAUGUGCAAUUCAUCAUCUUUUAGGUUCUAAUUGCAACGAGAUCUUUGAUGGGUCUUAUGGAAUUGCUUCCGCCCAUUAACUGGGAGCAAGAAACUUACCCAGACUAUGAAGAUUUCGCCCUUCUUCCUAUUUUUGCCGUCUUCUUCCCUUCAGUUCGUUUUUUUCUUGAUAGAUUCGUAUUCGAGAAAGUAGGUAGGAGAUUGAUAUUUGAUAAAGGACAGCAAAGAAUUGAAGUUGAGACGGAUGAGAGAAGAAAGAAGAUAAGAAAGUUCAAGGAAUCGGCAUGGAAAUGCAUUUACUUUCUUUCAGCCGAGCUUUUAGCUAUCGCUGUAACUUAUGAUGAGCCAUGGUUCACUAAAACAAGGAACUUUUGGGUAGGUCCAGGUGAUCAAGUCUGGCCAGACCAAAAAAUAAAGUUCAAGUUGAAAGGGGUAUAUAUGUAUGCGGCUGGAUUCUAUACAUACUCGAUAUUUGCUUUGAUUUUUUGGGAAACAAGACGCUCUGAUUUUGGAGUGUCGAUGGGUCAUCACGUUGCAACCGUCAUUCUUAUUGUCCUGUCUUAUAUUCUAAGGUUUGCUCGUGCUGGUUCUAUUGUUUUAGCAGUUCAUGAUGCUAGUGAUAUAUUUCUGGAAAUAGGGAAGAUGUCCAAGUACAGUGGGGCUGAAACGCUUGCUAGCAUAGCAUUUGUAUUUUUUGUUUUGUCGUGGAUAUUGCUUCGACUCAUUUACUACCCAUUUUGGAUUCUUUGGAGUACAAGUUACGAAGUUAUACAGAACAUUGACAGGAGUAAGCACAAACUUGAUGGACCAAUAUACUACUAUGUGUUCAAUUCUCUACUUUUCUGUUUGCUUGUUCUUCACGUUUAUUGGUGGGUGUUAAUAUACCGGAUGCUUGUCAAACAAAUCCGAGGAAGAGGAAAGCUUAGUGAAGAUGUUCGAUCAGAUUCAGAAGGAGAAGAAGAUGAACAUGAAGAUUGAUUAAGACAAAUCCGGUCAUCUCAUCAAAUUCAUAUGUAGUUCAUUCAUUUGUUUGGUGAUCACAAUUGAACUCAAAUGAUGGUGCUGGGAAAGCCGAAAAUCAUUCUUUGGAGUGAUCUUGCAAGAUAAAUGUGAUGUUAUGUUGUUUAGUAGGAAAUGUUAAUUAUGUAUUUUCUUGUUUAUAAGAAUCACAAUAGGGGUAAAAAGUGAACCAUUUUGUGUAUGAUCAUUAUUUUUUUCUUUUUUGGGAUUAUUAACCAUGAACAAUUUUAAUGGCCCAUUUCUCAUUUUGGUAAAAUUAUUAUCUCAAUUGUACAA